GAUUCAGUCUUCUUGUAUAUAUGUUAGCAGCUGUGGGUUGGAGAGAGGCACUGAAACCCUGCAAUUGCAAUUGGUUGAAUAUUCCAUCAAUAUUUAAUUUCCUUCUUUCCACUUCACUCUACUCCACUCCUUUCAGCUCCUCACCAUGCUUCUUCAAUCCAUCAACAAUGGAAUUCGGAAAUAGCUGAAAGCCCUAAUUUUGACUCUUACCCAUCAACCGAUUCAUCAUCACCUCAACUGGGUUCCCAUCAUUUCAUCUUAAAUGCGAAUAUCCUACAACCUUCUUCGCUCUCGCUUUCGCCGCACUCACCAACACUGGUCUUGUUCAAUCUCCAUUAUCGCUCUCAAACCAGACCACCACCCACGACCAACCACCACCACCACCACCACCUCCCAUUCACUCCCCUCCAGACGUUCAAUCUGCCUCUCCUUCGAUGCUCGUCGCCACCUCCUUCACCAUCACCAUUACUCCUCCAAUCGCGGUUUCUUUACAAGGACUAAGCAGACAAAGAUCAUUGAAUUCAACGAUCGCCACAGUCAGCGAGCUGUCACGACCGCAUUGUGGUGUAACUUUCUUGUAUUUUCUCUCAAAUUUGGAGUGUGGUUAUCUACCUCUAGCCAUGUUAUGCUAGCUGAAGUUGUGCAUUCAGUUGCCGACUUUGCAAACCAGGCGUUGCUUGCUUAUGGUCUAAGUAGCUCGAGGCGCGCACCUGAUGCUAUUCAUCCUUAUGGCUAUUCCAAGGAAAGAUUUGUUUGGUCUUUGAUAUCUGCUGUUGGGAUAUUUUGUCUUGGUUCUGGCGCUACAGUUGUUCAUGGGGUUCAAAACUUGUGGAUUGCUCAGCCCCCUGAGAAUAUGAAAUAUGCAGCUUUGGUCCUAUGCGGUUCAUUCAUCAUUGAAGGUGCCUCUCUUAUUGUUGCCAUACAAGCUGUCAAGAAAGGUGCAGCCGCAGAGGGAAUGACAAUACGAGACUAUGUUUGGCGUGGCCAUGAUCCUACAUCAGUUGCGGUGAUGACAGAGGAUGGGGCUGCAGUAACUGGCCUUCUUAUCGCUGGGGCAUCAUUGGUUGCAGUGAACGCUACUGGGAAUGCCAUUUAUGAUCCCAUAGGAUCAAUCAUAGUUGGCAAUUUACUUGGAAUGGUCGCAAUAUUUCUUAUCCAGAGAAACCGACAUGCUUUGAUUGGUAGAGCUAUGGAUGAUCAUGAUAUGGAUAAAGUACUUCAGUUUUUGAAAAAUGACCCGGUUGUUGAUUCCCUCUAUGAUUGCAAAAGCGAAGUUAUUGGGCCUGGAUUCUUCAGAUUUAAGGCAGAAAUAGAUUUUAAUGGAGUGAUGGUGGUGCAAAAUUAUCUUAAAAGGACUGGACGUGAAGAGUGGGCCAAACAGUUUCGUGAAGCUUCAAAGGAGGGUGAUGAUACUGCCUUGAUGAGGAUUAUGUCAAAUUAUGGUGAGGAAGUAGUUACAGCGUUAGGAAGUGAAGUGGAUAGGUUAGAGACAGAGAUUCAGAAUCUUGUUCCUGGCAUUCGGCAUGUUGAUAUUGAGGCCCAUAAUCCAACGGAAGUAACAUUAUCAACUGAAAAAUUUCAAUGAAUUCAAUACCCUAUUCUUUUUAAUUCAUAUUAUCUAAGCAUUUGUGAUUAUUGAUUUGGCUACAUCAUGUAUCACGAGGCCUUUUGCUUCUUAAGGAAAUAUGAAGUUUCGAGUUA